AUGGUGACCCAGUUCAUCCUCCUGGGGUUGAUGGAUCGUCAGAAGCUGCAGAUACCCCUCUUUGUGGUGUUUCUGGUGAUCUAUAUUCUUAUGCUGGUGGGGAAACUCUGGAUGAUUGUGUGGAUCAGGGUUGAUCCCCGACUCCACACCCCCAUGUACUUCUUCCUCAGUAACCUGUCUGUCAUUGACCUCUGCUACUCGGCAGUCUUCGCUCCAAGGAUGCUGGUGAAUUUCUUAGUGGGGAGUAAAAGCAUUUCUUACUCUGCCUGCAUUGCCCAACACUUCUCCUUCGUUGUGUUUGUGACCACAGAAGGGUUCCUGCUGGCCAGGAUGACGUACGACCACUAUGUAGCCAUCUGUAACCCUCUGCUCUAUACUGCUGUUAUGUCUAAGAGAGUCUGUUUUCGUCUAGUGGCCAGCUCAUACGUAGGGGGGCUCGUGAACUCACUGACCCACACAUGUGGCUUGCUGAGGUUGUCGUUCUGUGGGCCCAACAUCAUCAAUCAUUACUUUUGUGACACUAACCCAUUGCUGAAACUCGCCUGCUCUGAUAACCGCAUCAAUGAGAUUUUCCUCGUAAUGUUCUCUGGGGUUAUUCCCAUGUCCACCCCUAUUGUCAUCAUCUCUUAUCUGUUCAUCCUCUUCUCUAUCCUGAGGAUCUGCUUCGUCGCGGGCAGGUGCAAAGCCUUCUCCACCUGUGCCUCUCAUGUGACAGCUGUCACCAUAUUCUAUGGACCUGUGAGCUUAAGCCACGUACAACCCAGUUCCACCUACUCACUGGAACAGGAGAAAAACUCUGCUGUGUUUUAUGGAGUCGUGGUCCCCAUGCUGAACCCCCUUAUUUACAGCCUGAGGAACAAGGAGGUUAAGGAUGCUCUUAAGAGGGUGAUAGACUGGAAAAACAUUCUCGGCUAA